ACCCCCGAAAACUCAAAGCCAGCGUCUCCAGGACCGCUGUUAUUGUUAUUUUGGAGACUUCGGAGGGUGUGUUUAUAUUAGGAAGGGGUCGGGGGGGCUGACUAACACAAACACCGGCACAACUACAUUGAGCUAUAUACUUAAUCGAGCGAGAAACUUUAUUUACCCCGGUCCCUGAACGCAUCCUUCCACCGUCUCGGGACCACUCAAGUAGCUUAUGGAUGCGCUGGUUUCAGGCUUUUUUGCCUCAGAAAAUGGACAUGAUUGUGGAUCUUCAAGUGACGUAAAGUCCGGGAAUGGUUGCGAAUUUAUCCCCAGAAGAGCAUCUGCGAAGAACAAGAAGAAAUCGAGUGGUCGACACUUUAAACCAAGCUCCAAACCGAGCAAUAACACCCCCUUCCUACCUCCAGAGGCUGAAGAGGGUAACAUCGAGUACAAGCUAAAGCUCGUGGACCCCACGCAAAGCCGCUUCGAGCACCUGGUCACGCAGAUGAAAUGGCGGCUCCAGGAGGGUCGCGGUGAAGCCGUCUAUCAGAUUGGGGUGGAGGAUAACGGUAUGUUGGUGGGACUGUCUGAGGAGGACAUGAAGGCAUCGCUGACCACCCUCCAUAAGAUGGCGGAGAAAGUCGGGGCUGACAUGACCAUCCUUAGACACUCAGAGGUGGACUACGACAGCGAUCGGCCUCUCACCAUUGCUGAAGUCUUAAUUCGGAAGGUGCCGGAUGACCAGCAGUUUCUGGACUUGCGAGUUGCCGUGCUCGGUAACGUGGACUCUGGCAAGUCCACCCUGCUGGGUGUUUUGACGCAAGGCGAGCUGGAUAAUGGACGGGGGAGAGCCAGACUCAACCUCUUCAGACAUCUCCAUGAGAUCCAGUCCGGGCGCACGUCCAGCAUCAGCUUUGAGAUCCUGGGGUUCAAUCGUAAAGGAGAGGUUGUCAACUACAGCGAGUCUCGAACAGCAGAAGAGAUCUGUGAAAGCGCCUCAAAAAUGAUCACGUUCAUGGACCUGGCUGGUCACCACAAAUAUCUAAAGACCACCAUCUUUGGCCUCACCAGCUACUGCCCUGACUUCGCCAUGCUCGUCGUCAGCGCCAACACCGGCAUCGUGGGCACAACGUGGGAGCACCUGGGCUUCGCCAUGGCCCUGAAGGUGCCCAUCUUCAUCGUCAUCAGCAAAGUGGACCUGUGUGCGCGGGGCACCGUGGAGCGCACCGUUCGCCAGCUGGAGCGGGUUCUGAAGCAGCCGGGCUGCAACAAGGUGCCCAUGCUCAUCAGCAACACGGACGACGCCGUGAUGGCAGCGCAGCAGUUCGCCCAGUCGCCCAACAUUACGCCCGUCUUCACCGUGUCCAGCGUGUCUGGGGAGAACCUGGACCUCCUCAAGGUCUUCUUCAACAUCAUCCCUCCUCUCAGCAACAGCAAGGAGCAGGAGGAGCUCAUGCAGCAGCUGACUGAGUUCCAGGUGGAUGAGAUCUACACCGUACCAGAGGUGGGGACUGUGGUGGGCGGUACUCUGUACAGUGGAAUUUGCCGUGAAGGAGACUGUCUGGUCGUCGGGCCCACAGACUCGGGCUGCUUCCACAAGCUGACCGUGGGGAGCAUCCAGAGGAACCGCUCCGCUUGCAGGGUGCUGCGUGCUGGCCAGGCCGCCACGCUGGCGCUCGGACACUUUGACCGAACCUUACUCAGGAAGGGAAUGGUGAUGGUGAGUCCGGAGAUGAAUCCCACCAUCUGCUGGAUAUUCGAAGCGGAGAUAGUGCUGCUCUUCCACUCCAAGACCUUCCGUAAGGGCUUCCAGGUCACCGUGCACAUCAGAAACGUCAGGCAGACGGCAACCGUGGAGGCAAUCUACGGCACGGAGGAGCUGAGGACGGGGGAGAAAGCCGUGGUUCAGUUCAAGUUCAUCAAGCAUCCAGAGUACCUGAAGGUGGGGGCCAAGGUGCUCUUCAGGGAGGGCGUGACCAAAGGGAUCGGCCACGUCACCAAGCUGGCGUCCAUCACUCAGUACCACCCAGACCCCUGCCAGGAUGAGGACGUCUAGAUGAAGGGGGUGGACGCCAGCUCACCUUUUUAUGGACCAGCUUCCACCAAAAGGCCAGUGUGGACUUCGUCUGCCCUGAAGAUACUCCAAAGCUUUUACGUCCUCACCUCGUAUGCACGCUCACGCACACGCACACUCUCUCACACACACGCACACACACACACAUACACACACACACACAUACACACACACACCAAGGCAAGGAGGAGUAUUCAGGCCUCCCAUUUCACAACAAAGUGGCUUUACUUGACUUUACACCACCACCCACUUUGUGCCGUCUCGUUGACCUUUUCUUCCGCACGAAGCUUGAUAUGUUCACCCAGCGUGCCUCAACACGACACCUCGUCAUUGCAACCACGUCACCACCCACCAGGCACCAUGAUGUUCAGCCUUUAGUGCGCCAGGCCGACGCCAAGCUUGGUAGCGUUGGACACCCGACAGGUACUCACUUCACUGCAGGCUCCUUUUUCAAUGUACUGAUGACAUACACACACACACACACACACGUACACACACACACACACACACACACACACACACACACAGUGCCUAAUGGAAGUGCCUUCCAACACAACCAUGCAGUAAAACUACAAUCUUAAAGCUGGUGCUACUUUUUCAAACUAUCUUCUGUACCAAACUGACUGGUGCUUGGCCUUAUUAUGAUGAUGAUGAUGAUGAUUAUUAUUAUUAUUAUGACUGCACGCAAGCUUGACUCUCGUAUUGUUUAAGCACAUAUUCUCUACCUGUUUUAUAUUAUAUAGUUUAUAUAGUAUUGACGUGUAUAUCUGAUUUCACUUGAUUGUCAUGCAUCUCAGGAGAUUUGUUUCAUAGAUUUUAAAAACUUUUUAUAGCUUCAUUAUGCCCCCCCACCCCCCACAUCUCCCAUAUUCCCAUAUAAGCAUGUUUGAAGUAUUUAUGUACAGAUCCAAUUGUGUUAUGUUGUAUAGUAUAGGAAUAAUUACAAGCU